AUGUCCGACCCACUUGCUAAGGCUGAUCUACCUCUCCUGCUGGCUCCCAUUUCGCCGGCCCUGAGCGCCUUGUUCGAUGUUCUCUCCGAUGCGCAAAUUACCCCUCGCUUCAACAAGGAAUUGCAGGAUGCGUCUGACAAGAUAAACCCCGUCCACCUUCGAUUUGCCCUCGAUGCUAUCUACGCGCAACCUCCACUUGCGUCGCUUACCAAUCCUGACCAGAUCAAGGCACUGAAGGAAGCGUACACCUGGUCCAGCCACAUCUUGAAGAUUCUGCCCGUUCAGUAUGAUUUCAUCGGUUGCAAUAGCGAUUUGCUCGAGACGACUAGUUGGGUUGCGGAAGAUCGGCAUGUGGAGCCACUUAGCAGUCUCAACACUGACUUCAGGGAUAGCCACCGCUACUACAUGUGGCGCUGGUGUUCGCUUGCCAACAGUCCCCACCGCGCCCAGGCCGACUAUCUCACCUUGAUCGGAAUGAUGAUCCUCAGCGACGGGCUGCUUGAAUAA